AUGGCAAAGAAGGAUGCGAGCCAUGAUGAAGCUUUAGAUCAGGCGAAUGCGGCGGACCCCGUGUUGCCAAGUCCUCCAAACGACUUGAUCGUACUGCAGCAAGGCUUCGCAAGACCCGUGACAAAUGCUGACGAUGAGGUGAGUACAUUUCCACGGCUCAUAGUCAAGCUCUCUUUGCCGUGCAGUCCGGACGCUGUAGCCUUGUGAGCCCCUGUCUCCUCUCCAGACCUUUCUGCUCUACUCUUUAUCCCGUCCCGAAGACGAUCGAGCCGGGCUAGGCUUCGUCAAUGCUUCCUCCGACACCUUGCGAGUCACAGUGGCUUUGCGACAUGCAGACGGACACCCGGAGAUUGCAGUCGAGUCCAUCGACGAGGAGGAGCAAAUGCAAAUCAUGAGCGCUAGAUACAAGUCUCGAAGCAGAGGUAAAGGAGGAGCAUCGAGCGCUCGGUCUCGGAAAGCACGCACAAGUAGCAAGGACCAAACGCCUUCCCUUGCAGAGGUGGGCCAGGUAGUUGUGGCCAUUCGCCAGAAUGUGAGCCCUGACAUAAACGUCCUCUGACCUUAUCGAGCUGACACUCACCAAGCGGUCGUAUCCAGACCACCUCGCUGCGCUCCACUGUUGGCGACACGGGAAGCGUUGUUUGGCGAUCGAGGUGAGACGUCCCGAUCAAUCAUACUGAUGCUGAUAGCGAUGCUCAAGUAUGCUGCGUCGAUCUACCCAGCCUUUCUCUUGCCUCUUUGAUGCUUCGACAGCUGCUGUCGCCAAGCUGCGAAACCUCAGCAUCAGCACCACCGCUACUACAAUCUCACUCUUUUCAGAUCGCAAGAAUUCUAGAGCUUGGAGCGGGCACCGGUGUGCUCCCCUUGCUCCUCCUUGCGCAUCCGGACAUUGCUGCGCCCAACGUCGGCACAACCUGGAUAGCGACGGAUCAAGCGGCUAUGAUGCCCCUGCUGCGUCGAAACCUCGAUGCGCAUCAUCUGUCCCAGACCAAAGAGGCAAAUGCGUCCACCAGCUGCAAUCAAUCUUCAGGCGUACGCCUCGGUAGUGCCGAGCUGGAUUGGCUGGAGGCGCAACAAGCUUGGGAGAGCGGAGUCGAGAGCAGACGACAGAGGUUUCGAAGCGCCGUUCUGUCUGACUUUGUGGGGAGGAGCACUUGCCACGUAGACAAGGAAGCGCAAGCUGUUGAAGACGAUGCGUGGCCGGAUCUCAUCCUCGCCUCGGACUGUAAGUCACAUAUCGCUGGUCAGCCAGCGUGGCGCACUUGAGCUCCUGAGCUCAACUAGCAUCAUUCAUUCUGCCGCCUCUGAAACAGGUAUAUACAACCCAUCGCUGUUUGCCGCUCUUCUCGCAACGAUUGAUCUGUUCUGCGCGCCGAAUCGCACGCUGGCCCUCAUCGUCUGCGAGCUUCGCUCAGCCGAGACUGUUCAGCUGUGGCUUUCCAACUGGUUAGCGCGAGGCUCGUCCGAAGACCGAGGGCCUAAUACGAACGGCAAGUGGUGCAUCUGUAGCCUCGAGAAGGAGAUGCUUGGACACAUGAUGGGCAAAGGUAAUGCCGCGUGGGUCGCAUGGCGCACGAGGUAG